UUGUGGGCGCCCUCGUCGACCUCGAGCAUCUCUGCUCAAAACUAGUACAAAGAUGUCGAUCCCAUCCAUCUCCCGGUAGGUAUGUACACUCUCAGUGUACGUGUACGUAUCCUCUCCUUCUCUCACAUUCACGUUCUCUUGUCCAUUGCGCGCUCCCCGUUUCCUGUUUGGUCGCUAGCUUCGCUUCCCUCCCUCCCGCGAGCGAGGUCCACUCCACAGUAGCCCAGCUCCAAUGGCGGCCGCUUCUUCCAGCUCUGCGCGCGGGCGCCACCUUCUUCUCCGCCUCCUCGCGCUUCUCGCCGUCGCUGGCAAUGCGGCCGCCGCCGGCAGCGGCCCCGUCGUCGUUGGGAAGAGGAGCGCGGUGCUGUCGCUGCGUGAGUUGGAGUGGGGUGCUGCCGCGGUGAAGAUCCAGGGCCGCUACGCGCAACAAAGCAAAGCUCAGAUCCUAGGAGAGCACAGGAAAGCAGAGGGAGCAAGCAGAGCAACCACAGUGCUAGAGCUAAAGCACCAUUCUCCGGCCACCAUCUCCGACCAGCCUGCCGGCAGCGAAGGAUACCUUAGCCGACUCCUGGCCGCCGACGCUGCUCGUGCUGCCUCGUUGCAGCUCCCCAGGGCGGCGUCCCUACAGUCCCGCCAGGCGGCGGCCCAGGUCCCGCUGACCUCUGGCAUUCGCUUCCAGACACUCAACUACGUCACCACCAUCGCGGUCGGCAAAGACUCCUCCGGCGCCGCCGCCAAGCUCAACGUCAUCGUGGACACCGGCAGCGACCUCACCUGGGUGCAGUGCAAGCCCUGCCGUACUUGCUACGCGCAGCAGGACCCACUCUUUGACCCCGCUAGCUCCGCCACCUACGCCGCCGUCCCGUGCAACGCCUCCGCCUGCGCGGCCUCGCUGAAGGAGGCCACCGGCGCGCCCGGGUUCUGCGCCAGAGGCGGCGGUGGCGGCGGCAACGAGAGAUGCUACUACGCGCUCGGCUACGGCGACGGGUCGUUCAGCCGCGGCGUGCUGGCCACGGACACGGUCGGCCUCGGCGGCGCCAACCUCGACGGCUUCGUGUUUGGCUGCGGGCUCAGCAACCACGGCCUGUUCGGUGGCACGGCGGGGCUCAUGGGCCUCGGCCGGACCGAGCUGUCGCUUGUCUCCCAGACGGCAUCCCGGUUCGGCGGCGUAUUCUCCUACUGCUUACCGGCGACCACGUCGGGCGACUCCACGGGGUCCCUCUCCCUAGGGGGCGACUCAUCCUUCUACCGCAACACGACGGCCGUGGCGUACACCCGCAUGAUCGCAGACCCGGCGCAGCCCCCGUUCUACUUCAUGAACGUGACCGGCGCGUCCGUCGGCGGCGCCGCGGUGACCGCGUCGGGGCUCGGCGCCAGCAACGUGCUCAUCGACUCGGGCACGGUGAUCUCGCGGCUGGCGCCGUCCGUGUACCGCGCCGUGCGCGCCGAGUUCGCGCGCCAGUUCACCGCCGCGGGGUUCCCCGCCGCGCCGGAGUUCUCGCUCCUCGACACGUGCUACAACCUGACGGGCCACGACGAGGUGAACGUGCCGCUGCUCACGCUGCGGCUCGAGGGCGGCGCCGACGUGACCGUGGAGGCCGCCGGGAUGCUCUUCAUGGCGAAGAAGGACGGGUCUCAGGUGUGCCUGGCGAUGGCGGGCCUCCCGUACGAAGACCAGACGCCUAUCAUAGGGAACUACCAGCAGAAGAACAAGAGGGUCGUGUAUGACACGGUGCGCUCAGGGCUAGGUUUUGCUGACGAGGACUGCAGCUACCAUAUGUAACGGCACACACUGAGAGUAGAAUUUUAUUCAAGUGUUUGCAAAAUGUAACUUAAAGCGGAGAUUCUUCUUUUUACAAUGUAUGUCAUGUUUCUCUCUUGUUCAGUAAGAGUGUGAACUUUGUCGGGGAAAUACCUCUUGGUUCCUGGUUGUAGAUACACCUUAUCUGGGAUUCUUUUAAAUCUAUAUCAAUAUAAAAACAGUCUUGCUAA